AUGGUUAUCAGGAGUCGAGUUAGUUUAGUGAAUCAACUAUUAGUCGAAUUAGAUGGUAUUGAUAAGCAUAGAUCAGGUCGAGUAUUUGUUGUUGGCGCUACAAAUCGUAAAGAUAUGAUUGAUCCGGCUAUACUUCGUCCUGGUCGCCUUGGCCUACAUCUAAUGAUUAGCCCACCGUCGAAUUUUAGAGAACGUCUUUCAGUUCUAUCAGCUUGUACACGAUCAGCAACAACUCCUCGGAUUGAGAAUGGUAUGCUAACUCUUGAAUUGAUUGCAAAUGAUUCACGGACUGAAAAAAUGAGUGGUGCUGAUUUGGAGAAUUUAUUGGAAUUAGCUAAACAGAAAGCUCAAAUUGCCCGACAAGAUUUUGUUUCACAGGCUAAUCUACUGGAUGCUUUAUCUGAACUACACAAAUGAACUGAUCAUUUUAUAAAAUUACUUUUCAAGCCUUUGUUAUCAGUAGAGUUACAUAUGUGUAUAUGCACAAUAAUAUACAACUUUUGACCAUAUUUCUUUACUAAGUCUCUAUGGCCAAAGUGUAUUAUAGAUGUAUAAAGAAAGCAUUUGUAAUUUAAUCCUGUCAAAUGUUUGUUACGCCUUCUGUGAACGAAAUAAAAUUAUUAUGAAAACAACCAGUUAUGAAUCAUUUUUGUCUUUUUAAAUACAGUCGCAUAUUUUAUUA